CACUCCGCAGAUUUUAUUCACACAGGGCAGAAAGAGAAGAAAGAAAGAAUGAAUCGUUUCACUUUCAACGUUCACAAACACAGAAUUAUCAAAUUUCUUCUUUCAAUUUCGUUUCUCUCUGCUUUAUUCACAAUCUUCCCUCUUCUUCUUCAGUCCCUGAAGCCAUUUAUGGCGAUGCGGCUGAUAGAAAAGAGCUACAUGUUCUUGCUCUGUAAUGGACUCGUCGUCUUCAUUCUCAAGAGCUCAGGUCUCGUUGAUGUCAGAAAAGGCUUUGAAAUUGAGAACGAUGAUCCUCCAGAAGAAGCAACAGAAGAAAUAGAAGAUCAACAAGAACGUAUGGUUUCUUCUGAUGAAGAUAAAGAAGACGAAGAAACAGAACCGGGGAUCGAUCGUGCCAUCGUCGCCAUUGGUGAAGAAGAAGACAAGCAUCAUGAUGAAGAAGAUGAAGCAGAAGAUGCAGAUGAGUUGAACCAGAAAGUUGAGUAAUUCAUCAGAAAGAUGAAGGAAGCUAUAUCUUCAGAACGAAGAUAUUAUUAUUUCAAUUCUGAUGAUCUUGAUGCACGUACGAAGCAAAUUCAGUACUGAUAUGAAUUUUUAGUUUUUAUUUAAUAAUCUAAUACCUUGAAGUUUUUGUGCGCGUAUCUGAAGUCUUGAAUCAAUUAGAAUCACACGAGAAUUUUCGUUCA